AUGAUGCGGGCUGUGCUGGUCCUGGUAGCAUUGGUGGCUGCCUUUGGUCAGUUGCCAGAGGAGCGACGGUUGCGUCAGACCGACCAUGUGGCAGCUGGGCAUGAAGUGAAGAGCAAUGAGACGGAGCCAGAGACAGAGCGGGCUGUUAAAACAGAGCGGACUGAUGGCACGGAUGAAGCUCAUCCGGAUGGAGUGACCAGAGUCCACGAGUUUGAGCAGGAGCGAAUGGUGCGGGAUGAGGAAGGAGCACUGCUGAAAGUACCCAACACGGUAGCUGGUGCUUGUAUCCUUUUCACUGCCCUGGCCUACAUUUGGUUUGUUUGUGGCUUUGCCGGCCUCUUCACUGUCAAAGAUGGAUACCUGAAUCUGGGCGCGAGCAAGCCCUUGCUGCCCUGGUACUACUGGCUUGCUGCCUUCCUCUAUUGGGUGGCCAUGCCCCUGUCUAUGCUCUACAUCUCAGCGAACGCGGACUGUCAAGGCGGACCACCGGACGUUGGGUAUCUCGUCUUUGGCGUCUUUCUCACAGUGCACAUCAUCCUGGUGAUUGUUGCCAUGUGUCAACAUCCGACCCCGCCCGGCGCGUGCGACUGCAGCAAGGGGUUCUUUUUGAGCGGCCCUCUGCUGAUUUUCUUCAUGAUCCUGGACCACAUGGACAUGGCGACAGAUGCGAUGUUUGUGGGCACAGCGGCUGCCUGCUCCCCCAUGAUUGAGAACGCCUAUGUGCAAUCUUGGGCAGCAAUUCCUGUGAUUGGGGCUGAGUUGAAGUUCACCAUCGAAGCUUUGUCCUUCACCGGAUUGGCCCUCUUUGCAUUUGUGGUGAUGGCCUACCUACCACAGCUGGUAGGACUGACUCCUUUCUUCGCGCUUUGCUCCACCUUGGUGUGCUCUUCGCUCAUGCUAUUAACGUUGCAUCAAAGCUGGAUUUGGGGCGUUGUUGUCACCGCUCUGAUUUGCAUUGCCUUGGGGCUGGGAGGUGUUUUUCGAAAACAAUGGCAAGUGUGGAAGGAUGCCAACGCGGAUGAUGAGAAAACCCUUGGCCUCUUUGCCUGCAUGGGCAUUUUCGAGCAGCUGCUGAGUCAAGGACAACAAAACGAACGCCUUCUGUUUGUGACGAUGACCAAGCUGGUCUUCGAAAAUCUCUUUCAGUUGUGGCUGCAGAGCUCCUUCUUUGCUUUGACCUUCAAAUUUACAGGCCCAGAGGCUCGGAUGAAGACCGUGCUGUCCAUGGCGAUCGGCCUGCUCGUUCUGGCGUCGAAGGUGCCCGGACUGAUCACCGAGCUUCGCACAGGACCCAACCAGGUGAAUCUCUUCGCCGGCUUCACCUGUGGAACCUUCAUUGCUUGGAUCCUGCUCUUGGUGGUCAUCUUCUAUGCCAUCGUGAUCGUGCAGAUCGGCAGAGAUGGGCAAAAUCCUUUAGAACCCCCAACAAAGCGGGUCUUGCUGAGCUUAGUAUGUGAUGGAAAGGGCAGUGUGCAUGGCUUUGCCAUGGAAUUGCAGCGCUUGGAGCGCUUCACACGCGCAGCGUGCGCCAAAGACCACCGCUACCAGGAGGCGCUUCGUUGGCAAGAGGCCUUGACUCUUUGGGCUGCUGGCAGCAACGAGGUGACCUACAAUAGCCUCAUAGCAGCUUGCCAGCGAGGGAGUCUGUGGCAAUGUGCUUUGGCCGUCCUAAAAGACCUGGAAUCGACGUUGCAAUCAUCAGUGAUCUCCUACAGCUCAUGCCUGAGCGCGCUGGAACGAUCGCAAUGGUCCAAAGCCUUGAACCUUUGGGAGGCCAUGGAAGAGAAGAAGAUCGAGGCAGAUGUGAUUGCCUACAAUGUUGCCAUCAAUGCUUGUGGGGAAGACUGGCAAGCAGCCAUAGCUUUGCUUGUACAUCUGAAUGCUUCAAGACUCAAAGGAAGUGUGAUUUCCUACAACACCACGAUCAGCGCGACGGAGAAGGCUGGGCAGUGGCAAGUCGCGAUGCUCUUGAUGGAAGAGUUGACCUGCCAGAUGGUGCCCGACAUCAUCACCUACAAUGCCGUCAUCAGUGCAUGCGCGAAAGAUGGGCAAUGGCAACAGGCCAUGUGUUUAUACCAAGCGCUGCUGGGAAGCCGUUUGCAACCCACAGUGAUCACCUGUAGCUCCGUGGUCAGUGCCUGUGAAAAGGGUGGCCAAUGGCAUCGGGCCUUACGUUUGCUUGAAGAUCUUCCAAGAUCCAAAGUCCAGGCAAACAUCAUCACCUUCAACUCGGCCAUCAGUGCCUGUGAAAAGUGUGGGCAAUGGGGUGAAGCCUUGCGGCUCAUGGACGGGCUGAAGGAGCGUGGCCUAUCAGGUGAUGUCGUGACCUUUAACUCCACGAUCAGUGCCUGUGAGAAAGGCGCUGAGUGGCGCCAAUCCCUGCAUCAGAUGCGGAACCUGAGCCUCCGCCAUUUGAAGGCGAACGUGAUUAGCUACAACUCCAGCUGGAGUGCCCAGGAGGAGUGUGGCCAAUGGUUACAAGCCCUGCGAUCACUUGAACAACUUCAUCAAGAGGGCGUGUCAACAGGGAACCUGACCUGCAAUUCAGUGAUCAGUGCGUGUGAGAAGGCCAAUCAUUGGCCUCAUUCAUUGUGGCUUUUAGGUGAUUUGCAUCAUCUCCAUGACCUGAUUCUCCUCACCUGUGGCCUUGCAGCUUUCCACGUAGAAGCCUUGUGGCGUCCCACGCUGCAGCUCCUCCGCGACUGGCCCCAGCCAGCAGAGCUCUUCGCGGGUCCUACGGCGGCCCCCGUGGAGAGCUUGGCGGUCACCGCCUGCGUGAAGCAGCGUAAAUGGCGCGAGUCCGUGCUCCUACGAGAGCAUUUCUCAGAUCAGCGCCUACCUGCAAGCGCACUCACGGUGAAUCUGGCGAUCGACGCCUGUGAGAAGCUAAGCUAUUGGUCCCAAGCGCUUGGACUUUUGAAGAAUUUGGAGGAUCAAGAGCAGUCAAAUGCCAUUUCCUAUGGUUCCUGUUUGUCCGCCUGCGAUGUUGGCUCGCGUCACCGCGCCCACGAGCCACGCCUCUGCAGGGAGUUGCAAACCGCAGGGCUGGACAUCGCCACGUUCCGUGCGGCCUUUGGCUUGGCGGCGCAAGACCCGGCCUUGCCCUUGCCCCGGCGGGAAGGCGCCACGGUCCGAUUGCAGUGCAUUGGACGAGGUGGAGGAGAGGUCCUCUCGAGGGAAGCUGGACCUCUUCGCGGCUUCGCUGUUCAACACUCGAACACGGAGGAAGUAUCCAGCGCCCGGAGGGGCAGGCUGGUGUCCUGGUGA